AGAGAAAAAAAUCCGAAGCUUGUCCCAUAGCUUCCUCCCUCCUUUCUGGUUGACUUUGAACAAGAUAUUUUUUGACACAGUAUUCAACAAACCCCGCCACUUCAUUGUUCACGCACCCAGAUUGUCCUAAAAAGUAGAAUCUUCUUCGAGUGUGUUCUAAACUGAUAGGCCUAACGCAGUCUUGAACCAGCCUUGCUACCUGUUUUGAUAUUGGGUCAGAACGAUAUGUAUUAAGAUGGUUUUGAAUGAGAAGAUGCAGAGUUUUCAAUUGGGAAAAGGAACGAGAGGUGGCAGAGACAUGGCGAGCAAGAACCUCCGGUUGCUGUUGUUUCUGGUUCUCCUCUGUUCUUGGAUUCAUUUGAUUUGCUCUACUACAAACACGGAUGACCUAACCGUUCUUUCAGCCCUGAAAGCCCAGUGGCAGAGCACACCACCCAAUUGGGGCAAGUCCAAUGAUCCUUGUGGACUGCCUUGGGAUGGAGUCACCUGCGACAAUGAUUCAAGAGUGACCGGAUUAAAGUUAUCUGGCAUGAAUAUCAAAGGGCAGCUGCACAGCGAAAUAGUGGGGCUCACGGAACUCACUUCUUUGGAUCUUUCCUUAAACAAGGGUCUCAAUGGAUCGAUCCCUCCACAGUUGGGAAGUCUACAGAACUUGACUAUCUUAAUUUUAGCUGGAUCUAGCUUCAGUGGUAGCAUUCCUGAUGAACUGAGCAACCUUACAGAGCUGACUUUCUUGGCACUAAAUAACAACAGUUUUAGCGGUAAUAUACCUGCUUCUUUGGGUAAACUCUCUAAACUCUACUGGUUUGAUGUGUCGGAAAAUCAGUUAAUUGGAUCACUACCAGUUUCGACGGGCACCACCCCAGGGUUGGACCUUUUGUUGAAGUGUAAUCACUUCCACUUCAGCAUGAACCAACUGUCCGGCACCAUACCAGAUAAACUGUUCAGUUCAAACAUGUCUCUGAAACACAUAUUAUUUGAUCAUAACCAAUUUAUUGGUUCUAUGCCAUCCACAGUAGGCGUUGUUCAUACGCUCGAGGUUCUCCGACUCGAUAGGAACUCCUUUUCUGGAAGCGUCCCUCCAACUCUCAACAACCUUACACAACUCAGUGAACUGAAUUUAGCAUAUAAUGGGUUGAACGGUUCUUUGCCAAACUUAACGGGGAUGAAUUUUCUCAGUUACAUUGACCUCAGCAACAACUCUUUUACGGCUUCGGCAGCUCCAGAUUGGUUCUCAACUUUAUCAUCUCUCAACACUCUAAUCAUACAAUAUGGACCGCUUCAAGGGACAGUACCACCAAACCUCUUUGGCCUUCCCCAGCUGGAGCAUGUUGAUAUGAGAAAUAAUGCUUUCAACGGAACGCUGAACAUGGGUACCAGUGUCAGUCCCAAUUUGCAGCUCGUUAAUUUGGAAGAUAACCAGAUUGAAGCGCUGACGACCAGUCCCUACAACAAUUCAUUAGUACUAAUGGGAAACCCGGCAUGUACUAAUGCCCCUGUUCUCUCAACCUGGGGGUACUGCGGCAUUAAGCCGCCACAAGCUUAUUCUACCCUAAUAGACUGCAGAGGUGCAUUGUGUCCCUCAGAUCGGAAGCUUAACCCUGGAAGCUGCAAGUGCGCACUUCCGUACGAAGGAAAAUUGACAUUUAAAGCUCCAUCAUUUAGCGAUUUGUCCAAUGACACUCUGUUUCAAUUGUUGGAAGUAGACCUGUGGCAUGCAGUGAACCUAACUGAAAAUUCAGUUUCUCUUCAAAAUAUCAUCUUUGAUAAUAGCAGCAGCAAUCUUAUAGUACCUGUGUCUUUCUUUCCAUCUGAUGGGACGUACUUCAGUAGGUCAGUCAUUGCAAGGAUCGGAUUCGUUUUGAGUAACCAUACUUUUCAGCAGCUCCCAGUUUUAGGCCCCUAUACCUUCAGCGCACUUCCUUACCCAUACCCAGCUGGCGGAAUACGCAUCAGCAUCGGCAUCAUGGUAGGGAUUGCCGUUGGAUGCUCAGUCCUGGUUCUUGGACUUGUGUGGUUAGCAAUAUACGCUAACAAACAGAAGAAAAGAGCACAAAGAGCAACGGAAUUGAGCAAACCAUUUGCAUCCUGGAUAUCGAGGGGAAGCGAUGGCGGAGGAGCACCACAGUUGAAGGGGGCAAGGUGGUUCUAUUUCGACGAAAUCCAGAAGUGCACCAAUGGUUUUUCUGAAAGUAAUGAGAUAGGCUCCGGGGGCUAUGGAAGGGUCUACAAAGGAAUGCUUCCCGAUGGCCAUAUCUUGGCAAUCAAGAGAGCUCAGCAGGGUUCAAUGCAGGGCGUGCACGAGUUCAAGACGGAAAUCGAGCUACUUUCGCGAGUUCAUCACAAGAAUCUCGUCGGCCUCGUCGGCUUCUGUUACGAACAAGGAGAGCAGAUGUUGGUCUAUGACUAUAUGCCUAAUGGGACACUUAGGGAGAGCUUGUCGGGGAAAACUGGCAUACAUCUUGAUUGGCAGAGGAGGCUGCGGAUCGCUCUCGGCUCGGCGAAAGGACUGGCAUAUCUGCACGAACUCGCUAAUCCCCCGAUAAUUCACAGAGACGUGAAGUCCACUAAUAUCUUGUUGGAUGAAAAUUUGGUGGCUAAAGUCGCAGACUUUGGCUUGUCUAAAAUGGUGGCGGACAGCGAGAAAGGACAUGUUUCAACACACGUCAAGGGCACAAUGGGCUAUUUGGAUCCAGAGUACUUCAUGACCCAGUUACUAACAGACAGGAGCGACGUCUACAGUUUCGGGGUCCUCAUGCUUGAACUGAUAACUGCGAAGCCACCGCUCAGCAAGGGCAAUUACAUUGUCCGCGAUGUCCGCAUGGCGAUGGACAAAAGCGAUCGAGACUACUACGGACUAAGGCAAGUCAUGGAUCCGUCCCUUCUCGACAUGGGGCAUCUCGAAGGGUUCACAUGGUUCGUGGAGUUAGCAAUGCGAUGCGUCGAGGAAUCAUCCAUCAACCGUCCCAGGAUGAAUGAAGUGGUGAAGGAAAUCGAGGCAAUCCUGCAAGCCGAUGCGAUAGCCAUAAGCACGACGUCUGCGUCCUCGUCGGCCACAGACUUUGGAGCGUCUCAUAAUGGUGCUCCUAGACAUCCUUUGUACACUGAUGUUUCAUCCCAUGGUAAGGAUGUUAGUUACAGCAAUUCGUUCGAUUACAGCGGCGGGUACGCGCUUUCGACGAAGAUCGAACCGAAGUAAAUGUCCAUCACACGAGUUGAUUAUUUGAUUCAUCAAAUUAGUACUGUAUUUAGCUCGAAUUUGUUCCAUUUUGAGGUGAAGUUCCUGUAUAUGAGGAUGGGAGAUUGUAUAGUAAUUUUGUGUCACGUGAUCCAUACCUGAGACAUCACUAAUAUCGGGGUACCUUUUUUGGUCCCUUGAUCAAAUUGAUGAUGCUACAUCAACAAUCUGUAUGAGUAUUGCAAUAGCAUAAAUAUGAUAUACAUUCUCAAGAAUCAUAAAUGGAAAUGAUCGGCGAUUCAAGAGGCUA